AUGCGGGGCUCGGGGUUGGUUUAUUGCCGCGAUACUCAUGAAUCCUGGCGAUCCCAUGGGGCUGUGUGUGAUUAUACCUGUUAAUACUACAUCAAAUUCGGCUAGUAACUAUCGCGGUUUCUCGAGAGUAUAAGAACUUCAGUAGUGUUCUACAAGUUCUCUUCAAUCUCAUAAUUCAGAAUAUACCUCUCCUGAAGUUCAUUUAUCAAACGUCAAACCUAUUUAGGCCUACCACCAACCAAUAUUCCGAGCUACUAUACAAAUAUCAUUUUCGAGUAUCAAUUGGCACAUGAACUGGAAGACCUGAUACAAUGGCAACUAACGCGUCUCUCUUGCCCAUUAUUCCCCGCAUCUUCUUCCUGUAUCUAGAGCCGGUCGCAAUAACGUACGGGAUGAUUAUGAAUUAUGCCUCGCGAAUCCCGAUGCUCGAGCUUGCCUCUACUACCGCAAAGGGCCUACCUAUUCCAACCUUAUCUAUGCCAUUGAUGGCUGAUGGUUACCUAUUUAAUAUGAUGCUAUAUGGUCUGAUCAUCCUACUAGCAUCACCACCCAACAAGCGCCUCGUGCAACUACACAUCGGAGUCUUGAUAAUAGCCGAUUUCACCCACUGGGCUGGUCUCUUCAUGACCAUCGCAGAGAGUGACCCCCGUGGGUGGAGCGCCGUAUUCGACACUUCUGAUUGGAGUUCCGAGACCUGGAAUUUGGCUACUUAUCCUAUCCAAACGCUCGCCAUCAAGUUUGCGACCUUGGCUGGGGUGUUUGGCAAGAUCCAAGGCUAGGGUUAAGUCGAGCGUUCAAUGUUCUUAAGGUGGUGUUGCAUUGAUAGGAUUGAAGCGGGAAGCGAUACCAGACAAACCGGCCAGGGACAAGGUCACUUCUCACGAGUUCCAAGGGACUUUGGAAGUAAAUAGUAUAUGCGAAUUAAAAAGAAAAGGAUACAACGCUAACAAGACAACAUUUGGAACCCUAGCCUCUAUAUGACAAUGAUUGCCGUCUUUCUCAACGUCUAAAAGUCAACUGUCCUCAUUA